CCAUUUCAACCUUUAAACUUUAAGGUCUAUCUCGUAUUCGUACGCAUGGCCUAUUCAACUACAGCUAUAUACGGUACUUGGCUUAAACUAACGAGUUGGGUAUCAACAUACUUACAUACAUCAUGCCGGCCCGCCCACCUUUUACCAUACCUAACUACCUCCUUACCUAAGUAUGUAACCUAAUAAACUUCAUACGGUUUUCUUACGAUAGGGGCUGGUCUGUAUUUCCAUCUGUAACCACGUGCACUCAGUCCCCAAUAAUUCUACCAGCACGUACCCCCUUUUGAAGCAGUUCCCCGGCUUAGGUAAGCCAAUACGCAACCAUGGCAGCGCCGACGACUAUCAUGAUGAGCCUCCCCCAAAUCGCCAAAAUGAUCGACCACUCCUUACUGCACCCAACCCUGACGGAUAGGGAGAUCCACGCCGGUCUCGAGAUAGCCAAACGAUACAAAGUCGCGGCCGCCUGCGUGAAGCCGUACAGCGUGCCCGUAGCCAUGGACGUGCUAGCCGACUCCGGCGUGCUCAUCUGCGCGGUCGUCGGCUUCCCGCACGGGAACAGCACGACCGCCAUCAAGAUCCUCGAGGCCGAGGAGGCCGUCAAAGCGGGCGCGCAGGAGAUCGACAUGGUGGUCAACGUGGGCAAGGUGCUGGGUGGCGACUGGGAGUACGCGACGAACGAGAUACGCGCGGUCAACGACGUGGUCGCGAAGCAGCACGGCGCGGCGCUCAAGGUCAUCUUCGAGAACGACUUCCUGCACGACGAGCACAUCGUCCACCUCUGCCGCAUCUGCACCUCGCUGCCCGUCGCCUUCAUCAAAACGUCCACGGGCUUCGGGUUUGUCAAGCAGCAGCCCAGCGGCCUGUACGCGUCCAGGGGUGCCACGGCGCCGCAUCUAAAGCUGAUGAUGGCGAAUGUGGGGCCCAAUGUCCAGGUCAAGGCCGCUGGUGGGAUUAGGUCGCUGGAGGCGGUUAUGGUGGCGAUGUCGCUGGGGGUCUCGAGGAUCGGCACGUCGUCUACGGUGGCGAUCAUGCAGGAGGCGGCUUUGAGGGGCGUGGAGAAUACGCCGAAGGAGUUUGCGUUGAUGUCGACGGAAAAAUUGAAGGGGGUAAAAUAAAUGCGACUUGCUAUCUUACCUAUCUGGCCCCCCCUAUUUAGGUCUUAUUCGAAAUGUUGCACCACAAGCGCAUGAGUUUCCAUAGGUCACAAGAAGUCUGCUAUCAAAUCCAUGAACCGUGCCUAUUUUAUUUUAAAUCUUCUAUUCCC